AUGACGCACCAGUACUGUUCCUAUCUCUCUCUCUCUCUCUCUCUCUAUCUCUAUCUAUCUAUCUAUCUAUCUAUCUAUCUAUCUAUCUAUCUAUCUAUCUCUUCAAUCUGGUCAAUCUAUCUAUACUUGUUUCUAUCUAUCUAUCUAUCUAUCUAUCUAUCUAUCUAUCUAUCUAUCUAUCUAUCUCGUUCUUCCCUUGCUACCCCAGUUAUGUUAUUGAUAAUUGGCUUCAGUGAACAGAAAAUUAUUUACUCCAUGAACUUUGUUUUGUGCAUUUUUUACGUUUCUCAUGGCGCCAUUAUUCUUAUUUCUUCUUCCGUUGUACUGCUCUUCUGUUUCUUGUCAAAGACAUUCUUCCAUUUGCAUUCUCAUAUCUUCUCUUCGUGCGUUAGAUUCUUCCUCUGUUUCAUUUUGAAUCCUUUCAGCUACACCUUCUCUCAUAUCAUCUCUUUUUUGCGCAAGUUACUUCCUCUAUUUCAUUUUGUCUUCUUUGUGCUGCUCUCCUCCUAUUCCCCUCUUCUUCUGUCUCAUUAUUUGGCCUCUGAGCCUCGCGUCUCCUGGCUUGUGCUCUUAUUACCAUCACGAUGUUUCUGUGAAUAUCUUUGCUUAUCAGCCCCCCUGCUCGCCGUGUCUGAUCCUGAGAUAAGCGUAGUCGCUGACUUCGUUCUCUGUUAUCUAUCUAUCUAUCUAUCUAUCUAUCUAUCUAUCUAUCUAUCUAAGCUUUUUCUUUAUCUAUCUUGUACAAAACCGCAAGUGUGA